UCAUCUCUUACAGUAGACAUGCGAGAAUUCAGUUCAAGCAAGCACUUCAGUACCACUAGUUCUCAAACCAGUUUCAGCCUUGCCGUAAGCGUCCAAGAAUCCGUAUUUAUUUUACAACGGUUCCAGAGCAUUUGGUGUUUUUUGGCCAUUUUUGAAGCUAGAAAUUCGAGAUUUCUUCUACACCUCCUCUUAGACUUUCCCCAGCUCACUAACUGCUUGGCCUAUCCCAACUCUGGAUUUUAAGCCAUUUGGUUGUAUUCGAUUUACGCACAAUGAACCUCCAAGAAUCACUUUUAUGGAAAAGUCACCGUCCACUCAACGCCUCCAAUCCACUAGAUAGCCACAUUGUGUCCUUACUGAGUAACCAUACCCUAGCCGUCUUUCCACCGUUUGCACAUUUACAGCAUUUUGCUAGCUCAUUUGCGGCCCCUUUAUACAGC